GUGAGUCGACUAGCAAUAAUAAUACUAACGCCUAGUGUCCACAAAGCGUAGAGAGAGAAACCUGGACCUGCGCUGGAGACUGGAGUUGAGUUUCUCGCUCUACACAAAACAAUACACCACCGUUUCAAAUUCAAAUAAUCAAAGCCCCAGAUUUCAAAUCUCUUCAUUGAUUCUACUGAUUUUCAUUCAUAACCCUAGCAUUUCGAUCAACCUCUGUGUUGCGUUUAUAUAUAUUGUGUUCGAUUGAGAUUUGAUAAUGAGUAGCACCAAGUCCGAAGAGCGCAACGAGAAGAUCAUUAGGGGCCUUAUGAAGCUCCCUCCCAAUCGCAGAUGCAUCAACUGCAAUAGUCUCGGACCCCAGUAUGUUUGCACAACCUUCUGGACAUUUGUUUGCAUAACAUGCAGCGGGAUACACCGUGAGUUCACUCACCGUGUAAAGUCUGUUUCUAUGUCUAAAUUUACUUCACAAGAAGUUGAAGCUCUUCAAAAAGGUGGCAAUCAGCGUGCAAGGGAAACAUUUUUAAAUGCUUGGGAUCAGCACAUGCAGAGAUUCCCCGAUAGCAGCAAUGCUGAUAAAAUUCGAGAGUUUAUCAAGGCAGUUUAUGUUGAUAAAAAAUAUGCUGGAGGAAAGACAUCCGAUAAACCUCCAAGAGGUACACAGGACCUUAAGAAUCACGAAGACGAGACGAGGCGAGCUAGUUCCUAUCAUUCGUAUUCUCAAAGCCCACCUUACGAUUACCAAUACGAGGAAAGGCGUUAUGGAAAGCAAGCUUUCGCCCUUACUAGAAAGGCCGGUUCAGACAGAGGCCUUAAAACAUCUAGUUUCUUGAGUCCCAGUCACUCAAGUGACAAUGGAUUGGAUGGAGGCUUUUCAAAUGAGGGGUCUAAUACAGGUGAUUUGAACAAGUAUGAGACCCAAGCACCUACCUUUCAAACAGGUUUUGGAUUCGGCAGUCCCUCUAGUGAAUCGUCAAGGGAUAUAUUUAAUGAAGAAAUAAAUCAUCAUAAUGUUAAUACAUAUUCGGAUGCACAUACCAAGGGUACUGCAGACCAGGUUCCCCAUUCACAGCGGACUGCGUCUACGAGCAGCUUUGGAUCAUUUAACAGCAAUUCUAUGUCCUUCAAGUCAGUAACUUCUGAAAAUGCAGAUGGCCCAUUAGAACCUGACCAAUCUGCAGGGAGCCGUAAUAAUAAAUUAGCUACCUUUCUCUCCCUACCACAUUCCACAGUUUCUGGGACUUCUACUGGUGUUGACCUAUUCGAUAGCCCAUUUGUAUCUGAAACUGUUACAUCCUCAGCCUCAGCCCCUGAUUUGUUUAAGCUACCCAGAACAUCAACUUUACCUGUAGAUUGGUUUCAGACAUCCUCCCCAUUUUCAACUUCGAAUUCUGAUCAGCAGUCUCAAAAUUUGCCGCCUCCAUCUUUAGAUAUAUUUUCUGAUGUGCCUCAGCCGCAUUUAGUGGGAUCCUUGAGUGAGAGGUCAUUAGAUGUUACUGAGAAAAAUGAAGGAUGGGCAACGUUUGAUGUACCUCAGCUUAUGGAGCCUAGUCAAGGGAAUCAAAUACCAACAUCUACAACUGCUGUGACAGUACCUCCUAAAGUGGAAGUAUCUUUAACAGAUGCUGACAACUUAUUACUCUCAAACACAACUCCACAGUGGUCCUCAUUUCUUGAUUCUGGUUUUACCGAACCUCAUUCAUCAAUUCCUGAUAAGUGGCAUGAGAGUAUGCUCAAUUUCGAAGUCCCCAGUAAUGCAGGAGCUGAUCAGUCAUGGAAUGCAUUUGAUAAUCUAGAUGAACAGCUUCCAUUUGAAAAAGAUUACCAGCAAAGUAGUGAACAAGUUGCAGUGCAGAAUCCUUCUUCAUUUGCUGAUGGAUAUAUGGGCAUCAGAGUAUCAGAGUCUGGAACACUAUUUCCUGCAACUGAUGUAAAAUCUACCAACCCGUUUGAUAUUCCUUUCGAUACUGAUUUAGAGCCCAACAAUGAGUUUUUGGACAUGAGCUCUUUGCAAGCCGUUUUACCUAAUGGCCACAUGCCUGCUUCCUUUAUUGCUGCUGUGCCUGAUCCUUGGUUUUCUCAGAAUCCAAUCACAUAUCCUGGCGGACCACAAGGUGACUUGGGAUUAUUUGGUGGGCCAGCACCAAGCACACAAAUACUGGGUGUUGCAUCUCACGAGCCUGUGGCACAAACCGGAGGAAAUCCUUUUGCGUAGAAUUUGAUAGUAUAUUUGUUCUUUUCUUUUAGUUUAGUGUUAUCCGCGUUUGGUUUGCCUGUGAAGUUGAUAAUGUUUUAUCUGUGUCAUUAUUUUCACUUUGCAGUCUAAUAAACGUUGCUUUUAAUA